AUGGACCGGCGCACAUCGACUUCGACGGCGUCGUCGUCGCCUGGAACCGACGCAACCCCGCUCAUCCCAUACAUCCCAAUCCCGGGCGAGCGAGUUCCAGCACGCAAGCGCAAGCCGCACACACGUACCAAGACCGGAUGCCGUCGCUGCAGGCAGCAGCGUGUCAAAUGUCCCGAAGGACCCGAGACAUCAGCAGGAGGCCAGGUCAUCUGCCGCCGCUGCUGGGAGACGGAUCGCCCAUGCUACUACCCUGCCAAGGGAGCAAAGAGGGACCGUAACUCGGACGAGGCAUGGGAGAGGGCCGAGGACGUCGACGAAUGGAGGUGGGGCAGCGGCGUGCCCUCGGGCCCAGUCCGGGAAGUCGGGAGCGGCCCAAGCGAACAUCCGCACCCACAGCCAAUGCAUCCUCUCGGUGCCGACCUUGGCGCACUGAGCUUUGGGCUCGGACAGGCGCUGAUAGACACAGCACCCCGUGGUGGCUUUGACUGGUCCGCACUCUUCCCGCCAACGCCAGUAGCGCAAGGACCGCAGGCCUCACUCCUGCUGCUCUGCGAGAAUGGAGAACGGCAACAGCAACAGCAGCAGCAGGCUUCACACGCGCACAACAGCCAGAACCUCCUCUCGCUCGUUGGCACGGGCGGCGCGUUCUCCCCAUCCUCGGCGCGCGUCGCUCUCCCCUCAGCGCCAGAACCCAACCCUCCAACCAUGUCGCAGAACUUUAUCAACUCGCUCCUCACUCCGUCCCCUCUCAACGGCAUGGUCGCCCCCAUCACGCUCGCGAGCCUAUCCACUUCCCAGAACGACCGCCUCAUCGUCAACUACUUUGAGGUAGAGGGGUGUAACGAGAUUGUGAGCACUACCAAGUCGAAACACAACUGGAUUUUUAUGGAACUGUUCCCCCGUCUACUCGCCACGCUAGCUGGCCAACAGACCGGCUCGCCCACGGACGAUGCGGACGGCGCUGUGCGCCAGUGGCUCCAUUUCUGCCUGUUGCAGAUCGCAUACGUCCACCGCGCCAACAUCGAGCCAGACGAGAGCAAGUCGUGGCACUUCCGUUCCGAGGCCGCGCGGUUCCGGCAGAAGGCGAGCUACGCAAUCCUCCGUGCAAAGGUCAGAUUUCCCGGCGGCCAGUGGAAGACCGAGGAGUACCUCAUCGGCUUCUUCGUACGUUGCAUGGCGGAUAUGCUGGACUCGGGUAACCUCGCUCUGGACCAACACACGGCAUUCGAGCUACCGCUUGAGCGCACGACGCCCUUCUAUUCCAGCCUAAGGGACAUGAUUGCGCUCUACUCGACGCUGCAGUUUGCGUGCACCGCGGUCGACACACAGGUCAGCGGCGUCGCUCCGCUUUUCGAGAUGGCUCCACGUGGCGAGCAGUGGGUCGAGCGCUUUGUCGGUUUCAGUCGCCGCAUCGUGCGCAUCAUCGGUCGCGUAAAUGGUAUGGUGGUGUAUCGCGCCGGCUUGAUCCGAGCCGGCACGGACCAAGGGGGACCGGGUAAGCUCUUGCGUGCCGAGGCGGAGCGGCUGGCAAAUGAGCUGGGCCACGGCUGGGACUGGGACGAGAACGUACAGGAGAUCGGACAGAGCGAGCGUGUCCAGCGCGGCGACGAGGUCAUGCGCCACGCCCUGCUCGUCUUGCUACUGUGUGAGGUGCUUCAUGUAUCACCCGACGACCCGAGAAUCUUCAAUGCCGCGGACCGUGCCGUCGAGCUCGUUGUCGACUGCGAGCCUGCGAGCGUGGGCGGUUUCCAGUGGGCGUUGACAAUCUUUGCCAUCUACUGCCCACUGGUGGAACGACGCGAACGCAUCCAGCAGCUCAUCCACCAGAUCCUCGCCCUGUCGUUUGGGAGCGGAUAUCGCGGACCAGACGACAUCCUGCGCCUCUGUUGGGAGGCGCUGGAUCGGAACGGCUCGUACGAGAAUGGGAUUGCACCAUGGCGCGAGGCCAUGGCCGCGCUGGGCCGGAACUUAUUCAUUUAG